CACCUUGCUUUGGGAAAGGUCCCGCCAUCGAAGGAUUUGUCCCAGCACUAGGAAAAGGAGGUUUUGUGGACCUGUUAGCCCACGAUGUGGCCUUAACCGUCUUCACCUGCAGGGCUUCAUAGGAACCAGGAACUGCGGGCGAAACUGGCAGUAAAAUUCCACCAUGGGCAGCAAAGAGCGUUACCACUGGCAGACCCAGAAUGUCAAGCAGAGCGGGGUGGACGACAUGGUCCUGCUCUCGAAAAUCAGCGAGGACGCGAUCGUCGAGAACCUCAAAAAACGGUUCAUGGAUGAUUACAUCUUUACCUACAUCGGCCCCGUCCUGAUUUCCGUCAACCCCUUCAAACAGUUGCCGUACUUCACUGACCGCGAGAUCGAUAUGUACCAGGGAGCGGCGCAGUACGAAAACCCUCCGCACAUCUAUGCGCUGGCCGAUAACAUGUACCGCAACAUGCUGAUUGACGGGGAGAACCAAUGCGUCAUUAUCAGCGGGGAAAGCGGAGCUGGCAAGACGGUGGCAGCGAAAUACAUCAUGAGCUACGUCUCCAAGGUCUCCGGCGGCGGUCCCAAAGUGCAGCAUGUGAAGGACAUCAUCCUGAAGUCCAACCCGCUCCUGGAGGCGUUUGGAAAUGCCAAAACCGUACGGAACAACAACUCUAGUCGCUUUGGCAAAUAUUUUGAGAUCCAGUUCAGCCGCGGCGGGGAACCGGAUGGAGGCAAGAUCUCCAACUUCCUGCUGGAGAAAUCCCGCGUGGUGAACCAGAAUCCAGGAGAGAGGAGCUUCCAUAUCUACUACCAGCUGCUGGAAGGAGCCAGCCCGGAGCAGCGGGAGGAACUGGGCAUCACGACUCCAGAUUAUUACUACUACCUCAACCAGUCGGCGGCCUACAAGGUGGACGACAUGAAUGACCAUCAGGAAUUCCAGGAGACUUUGGCAGCCAUGGAGGUGGUGGGUCUCUCAGGAGAGGAGCAGGCCCUGGUGCUGCAAAUCGUGGCCGGAAUUCUACACUUAGGCAACAUUACUUUCCGGGAGUCGGGCAACUAUGCCGUGGUGGAAAGUGAGGACUUCCUGGCAUUCCCGUCCUACCUCCUGGCCAUCGACCAGCAGCGCCUCAGGGAGAAACUGACCAGCCGCAAGAUGGACAGCAAGUGGGGCGGCCGGCAAGAGGUCAUCGACGUGACGCUGAACGUGGAGCAGGCUAGCUUCACCCGCGACGCCCUCGCCAAGGCCCUCUACACCCGCCUCUUUGACUACCUGGUGGACGCUGUGAACAAAGCCAUACAAAAAGACCAUCAGGAAUUCAGCAUCGGCGUUCUGGACAUCUACGGCUUUGAGAUCUUCCAGAAGAACGGGUUCGAACAGUUCUGCAUCAACUUCGUGAACGAGAAGCUUCAGCAAAUCUUCAUUGAGCUGACGCUGAAGGCCGAACAGGAAGAAUAUGUCCAAGAGGGCAUCCGGUGGAAUCCCAUUGACUACUUCAACAACAAAGUGGUGUGCGACCUCAUUGAGAACAAAGUGAAUCCUCCAGGGCUCAUGAGCAUCUUGGAUGAUGUGUGCGCCACCAUGCACGCCAAGGGCGAAGGGGCUGACCACACCCUGCUGCAGAAACUUCAGACAGCGCUCGGCGUCCACCCCCACUUCAACAGCUGGAAUAAAGGCUUCAUCAUCCAUCAUUACGCCGGCAAGGUUUCUUACGACGUGGAGGGCUUCUGCGAACGCAACCGUGACGUCCUUUUUACUGACCUCAUUGAGCUGAUGCAGAGCAGUGAGAUCCCUUUCAUCCGUGACCUCUUCCCCGAAAGCCUCAACGCAGAGAAGAAAGGGCGUCCGACCACAGCUGGCAGCAAGAUCAAGAAACAAGCCAACAACCUGGUCGACACGCUGAUGAAAUGCACCCCGCACUACAUCCGAUGCAUCAAGCCCAACGAAACCAAGCGCCCCCGGGAUUGGGAGGAGAGCAGGGUGAAGCACCAAGUGGAAUACCUGGGCCUCCGGGAGAACAUCCGGGUGCGGAGAGCCGGCUACGCUUAUCGGCGGGUCUUCCAGAAAUUCCUCCACAGGUACGCCAUCCUGACCCCAGAGACGUGGCCCUCUUGGCGUGGGGAUGAGAAGCAGGGCGUGGUGCACCUGAUGAAAUCCGUCAACAUGGACCCUGACCAGUACCAGCUGGGCCGGACGAAGGUCUUCAUCAAAGCCCCCGAAUCGCUUUUCCUCCUGGAGGAAAUGAGGGAGCGGCGUUACGACGGCUACGCCCGCGUCAUUCAAAAGGCCUGGCGCAAACACGUGGCGGUCCGGAAGUACAUCCAGAUGCGGGAAGAAGCCUCCAACAUCGUCCUGAACAAGAAGGAACGGCGUCGGAACAGCAUCAACCGCAACUUCGUAGGCGACUACAUCGGCUUGGAGACCCGCCCCGAGCUGCGGCGUUUUGUGGGCCGUCGGGAACGCGUGGACUUCGCCGACACCGUUGUCAAGUACGACCGGCGGUUCAAGACGGUGAAGCGAGACCUAAUCCUGACCCCCAAAUUCCUCUACCUGAUCGGCCGCGAGAAAGUGAAGCAAGGGCCGGAUAAAGGGGCCAUCAAGGAAGUCCUGAAGAGGCAAAUUGAGGUGGAGCGGGUCCAGUCGGUGUCUCUGAGCACCUUGCAGGAUGACUUCAUUAUUAUUCAUGAGCCCCAGUACGACAGCGUCCUGGAGUCCGUCUUCAAGACAGAGCUUUUGAGCUUGCUCUACAAGCGCUACGAGGAAAAGACCCAGAAGCAGCUGACAGUCAAGUUCAACAACCAGCUGGAAUUCAAGGUGAAGAAGGACGGCUGGGGGCCGUGGGGUGCUGCUGGCUCCCGACAGAUCCAGUUCCAGAUCUGCCAAGGGGAUCUGAGUCUACUCCGCAACAAUGGCAAAGUGCUGGUGGUCAGCAUUGGACCUGGCUUGCCCCGAAACGCCCGACCGACCCGGAAGGACACCAGGAAGAGCCGAUGUCUGAGUGGGGGUACCGCCCUGGGGUGGAACACCCCCACCAGUGCAGGUUCGAAGUGGGACGGCCGUGGGGGCCGCGGGGGCACAGGGACGAGGCCCCCCUUCCAGCACCGCCACUCCAUGCCCCGCCAGGCCAGCAUGGAGCAGCCCAGCCUGCCCCGCCAGGGAGCCAGCCCCAGGGCUAAAGCCCUCCCCGUGCAGCUCAACUUGGAUUUCAUGAACGUCCCGGACCAAGGCGUCGCUGGCCUCCAGCGGCGCCUCUCCAAGGAAGCCAAGCCCAUCCCGGGAGGAGGCCGGGCCAAGCCAAAGCCAAAGCCAAAACCUCAGCCACGCCUUCCCCAGUGCCGGGCGCUGUAUGCCUACGACGCGCAGGACACGGACGAACUGAGCUUCAAUGCCGACGAUUUCAUUGAAAUUAUCAAGGAAGAUCCUUCUGGGUGGUGGCAAGGCCGCAUCCGUGGCAAAGAAGGCCUGUUCCCGGGGAACUACGUGCAGAAAAUCUGAGACGGGAGGACGCCGCUGACGCUCUCCCGGGCCGUGACGGGAGGCGAACAGGGGCUGCUCAGCAGCUGCUCCGGACUGUGUCUCGAGGCAAGGAAGCUCCGGAGGUUACUCCAGGAGGACGCUGCGGGCUGGAGAAGAGACUCCGGCCACCGAAAGCGCUUCUUUGUGGCCGGCGCUGAUGAGAAGCCCCCGGUGUCCCCUGGACAGGUUAGCGCAAUCCUUUUUUAAAAUCCCGAGAAAGCAGCCAGGAUAAAAUGACCGCCUUCGCUUCCGUUGUGCGAGGAGAAACCACGUGCAUCUCGUCUGU